GAUGAUAAUUGUUCUUUUUCAACGCCACUCUUACAAAAUAGCUUGACUUCAUUGAUCUUACAUUAAAACAGCAGUUAAUCUAUUUACUAUAUUACUAGCAAAAGUUACUCGGCCGUGGUAAACCAGCGGGAUAAGUAAUGUCCGAAUGGUGUGAAUGUUCGCCACUUUAAAGAGAUUAUGGCUGGUUUAAUUGCUGUUGCCAAUGGGUUUUAUUCCUGAGUCAGUAGAGAUUUUUGAAAGGAAUAGCAUAAUCAUUAGUAUAAUUACUAUUAUAAACUUUUUGUAACAAAACAAACAUGUUUUCGCUUUUAAGUAGGUAACGAGACGCCAUAUGCUGUAUUAUUAGACUGUAGGGCAUCAAUAUAUAUUACGAAAAGGAACUAAGUUUUUGAGAACUUUCGUUUGGACAAUAAUAUAUCUGUAACAACUAGUACGUAUUUAAAUAUAAAAUGACUCUUUAUACUACUUUCAGAGUAGAAUUUCCAUCUUUAUCUACAUGGUCAGCAAUUGGUCAGCAGUAUCCCUCUCUUUCUAUAUCAUCAGCUAAUUGGGCAAAAUUAGAAUUGGGCACGACCCGAAAGGGCUUUUUGUUAAGUAUGUCUCAUUUUACCGUAUAAAUAUGACCUUCCUUACUUUUCUGGGAAUAUCUUUUAACGCAAGGAUAUAAAAAAAUUCAAAAUAAUUAAAUAAUCAGAGAUUUUUAGAGCUCCGAUAUCCAUUUAUUUUAUUUCUUUAUUUUACAACGACCAAUGGGCUUUCUAGUUUAAGUUUUUAAUGACCAAUGAAAACCUUAAUUUUAUUCAGUUCAUUUCUGUGCAUUUUACAGUCGACGGCCAAACGGCCGCAAAGAUAUAAAUAACUGCUAGUUGUAUUUUUUCAAAAAGACGCACCAAAUUGUAUACGCAUGUUACGUUAUUUUGCAAAUAACCUAGUCCUGUGAGUGCUGACACAUGGUGAGGAAGUAAGAGAUGGCUAAAUUUUAAAAGCCUUGAACACUUUCAAACAGUUUUUCCAUUUUUCUAAGCAGUGAAGGAUAAUGUUUAUUCACUGCUUAGAUCAUAAACCACUAUGAAGGAUAUAAUUGUGUAUUACUCUUCAGAAUUGUCCUUAUAUUGGGAGUAAUCUACGUGAUAAUACUGUGUUUGGAACAUGUUUUACCAUAUUAUAAAAUGACACUCGAAUUUUUUCUAUCGUUUCAGCUAAUUUUUCUAUCAUAGAUAAAGUGGUGUAUGGCUGAAAACUGACUCCUGCCUACUUUUGUGGCAAUGUCUUUGACAGCGAGGGAGAAUCCCUUAAAAAAUAUCGGUGCUCAAACGUUGGUAAAAGUCGCCCCAAAGUGUUUGUAUGAGAAGUUGAGGCAGCGGGAUAAGCCUAAGCUUAGAGCCCUUUUACGUUUGAAAUGGCCUCACAAAUUUGUAGUUCUUGCUGAGUGUUGUUUGUAUAUCUAUGGCGACGAAGCGAGUUCCAAGUAUGAGGCCGCAUUUUCUAUGGCAGAGUUUAAAUGUGUUGACGUUCACAUAGAUCGUGAGCAAUGUUUUUUCCUGAUUUUCGGCGAUCCUGAAAAGGAACAUAUUGUGUUUUGUUGUGAUACAAAUAGGUCACUUAAGAAAUGGAUUAAAAAGCUUAAAGAAGCAAUAUAUGCGUUCGACUCCGGAAUAGGCCAUGAAGAGGAGGCCGAAGAAUCAGACGAUGAGGCCGAAGAAUCAUACGAUGAGGAUAACGAUGAUGAGAAAGAAGGACCAUACAGAUAUAUGCAAAUAAAAGACAACAUCAUACCGCCCACAGCUGACGACCGGACUACGUCAAAUGACAACCACGGCGAAGAACCUCAAUAUGAAAAUUUCGGACACUUUGCAGGCAAACCGAAUAAAACACAUUCAUUUGGAACGAAUGUGAGAAUGAGAACAAGAGCCGAUAAGGAUACACAUUCGAAGGCGGAAAUAAACGCAAAUAGACGUUCUUUAUCGUCUUUAAGUUCAACGGACUCAGAAAGCGCUUUCGCCCUUGUUACUGACAGGAAAGGUCCACCAGUAGCAAUAGAUCAAGCCGAUGUUCAAACUUCGACAUUGAAGAAAAAACAAGCGAACGAAGUAGUUGACGACAAGCCGGGCGAUACACAUGACGAUUUCUAUGAAAAUGUUUUACACGGAGGUGCACACAAUAUGUCCAUGCGACAUCCGAAGAUGGAUAAUCAACUAACACAUGGGCAGAGCAAAAUAAAAGGAGUGAGCAAUAUUGGGCGUCCAAAGACUGACGUAAACAUGACCAGACCUAACAAGACAAGACCCCAAACCAAUACAAAUUCGUCUUCGGCUUCGAAAACAAAUUCAGAAAACCCAAUGGUUCGUGUGCCUGGCAGAGACCAUUCGUCGACAUCAUCAAAGAAUCAAGGGGAAUCUCAAUCGAUAAAGAUGAGGGCCAUUGCAAUCGAACAAUCUUUAAAACUUGGAUAUUCGAUGGGGAAAGGAACUCCAAGAAGCCAUUCAUGUGCACAUUUGCACGGUGCACACAAAGUAUCAUGUGAGUAUCCGGAGAAUGAUGACCAAGAAACACAUGUGCAGCGAAGAAUUAAAGGAGGGCGCAAGAUUGGUCCUUCAAAGACUGACGCAAAGAUGGAUGUCAACACCAGGUACCCAAUCAAAACGAAUUCGUGUUCAGCUUUGGAAACAAAUUCAGAAAACGCUACGAUUGAUGGUUCUGGCAGAGAAAAAAAAUAUUCGACAGUAUUGAAAAAAGGGGAAUCUCAAUCGAUGAGGUUGCGGAUCAACGAAUUCGAACAGUCUUCGAAAUCGGCAAACUCGUUUGGGAAAGGACUUUCAAAAAACAUCACAUCUUCCAAAUUGAAAGGUUCUGCACAGACAACAAUACCCGUGGUUCAGGGAACUACAACCCCGUUAGAGGAGGAUCCAAUCUAUGAAAACUCCCAAGAUCUGUAUGAGAAUGUGGAUUACCCUGCCGUGAAAAACGAUAAGAGAGCCGGAGCUACAACUAAGUAACAGUCUAGUGGGUCCUUUGACGUUCCUAUUGGUUUAUAUUCUGUUUGUAUUAUUUUGUUUGUUGUUGCUGUAGCUUAUUAUAUAAUACACAGAGACAAUUCGUAAUCAUUGGUUUUAUAAUUUAUCGUAUUAAUUUUGUUUUUCUCCAUUAAAAAUGUUUUUGUAUUUUAUUUAAUUAUAUUAUUGUUUUAUUUAACAUGGACUUAGUAAUUUUAAUAGUCAUGAUACUUAUUCUCAUUGAUCAUGCUGUUUUUCUUUUUUGUACCAGUUUGUACCGGUGCGAAAACUUUCGAAUUGAAUGUACCAAUAUAUAUCUUGUUUUAUGAAGUUAAAGUUAUAUCAGGAUUCGCUUUUCGGAACCCCCCUUCGACGAUGCGUUUUUGCUAUAGCGUUUAAUAAAGAUAACGUUAUAUAAAGACCAUGACUUCGAUCAUCUAUUCGAUGAUGUGUAUUGUUUUAACAGUGUAUAUAUCACUUUAGAAUUUCUUUUACACGAUUGUUUUGUUUUUAUCAUCACAUGGAUAUAUUUAAAGCGAGUUUAAGGGUUUAUAAAAUAUGAACAAUUGUGUGAUAGGAUUAGAAAUUCCUAGUAUAUAAGCGUACUGUGAUAGCCUUAAGUGGUAAAUUGAGUGGUCAUAUAAUGCUACCAUAUAAUGUGUUGUUUUACACAAUGUUAGCAGACAAAAAUAAAAGUUAAAAAUAAGUAAAUAUUUAGACAACACACUAUGUUGUUACGAUUCCUUUGAGACAAAAAUAUCAUACAAAGAAAAGAAUCACAAAACUGAACAUUGCAAAAUAAAAUGUCGAUGAACUCGAAGUGGCGAGUGAAAAUGAUUAUGGAUGUACAUUUCGAUACUAUGACCCUCUUGAUAUGUAUGUACUCAAACACAUUCGAUUACGGUUUUGUAUACACUUGUACUAUUGCGGAUAAACUAUGCCCGGACGUUCUCUCGUUUUUCUCACUUUGUAUAUCUUAUUUAACAAUGUAAGUUUGAAAUCGAUGUGUUAUAUAUUGUCAGCGUCAUAUUUUAAACAAUAUCCAGUGAUUUUGAGCAUGCUCUGCUUUAUUCUAGGUAUUUUCUUAUGGCAUGUAUGUGCAAUAUAUUCCCUAAAAAAAUUCACAUGUUCAACAUUAUGUGUUAGUUAAAUUUUGAAAUAUUGUAUAAUUAUUUAUGUUUACAAUUUUCACAUAUGUACGUUUGUUCAUGUAUACGGUGAUAUAUAAACAGGAGCUUUACUAACAGUAUCAAAAUUCAUUUUACUAAGAAUUUUAUUACAUGAUGUAAUCCUCAUUAUCCGGAGCGUUAUGAUACUUAUAUCGAUCUAUUUUUUACUUGUAUAUUCUAAAAUGACAAUAAAACACGUUAUUGCAAAAUAUUAACAGGUUAGUUUGUUAGCACGUUGUCACCUCGCAACGCUUUACAAUACAUCAUUUAUGUUCAAAGGACCGUAACAUUUUGUGCCUUAAAUAUCGAACAUUUUAUUUUAAUCACACGUUAUAUUGUUACAAUGUUCCAUAUCACAGUACUUCGACCGCUGCAAACUUUCGUAUAAGAGCUUCCUAUAUAUACUUCGAGGAUGUUGCUGAAAGAAAUGAACUUAUUAUAUAUUCGUCUAAAACAACUGCCAAUGAGUAAAAAACAGUUCGGCGGGUCUAAAAACAUUUGAUCAAGAAAACAUGUGCUAUACGACACUAAUGUCUUCGCUUAUUCGUUAACACAAAUUUACAGGAAUUAAAUUUGAAAAAUCAUCGUCUGUCACUAGCCCCGUAAUAUAUAAAUAUGAGAACAUAAUUUUUAAAUCCUAAUUUAAUUUAUUGCAGUUUUGCCAGAAUGUAAAAUUAGGAAAGUAUCUUCUUUUUUUCAAAUAUAUCAAAUGUUUACCUUCAAUUACUUAUAUAUAGUUGGUUUCUCUGUGUGUGCCAAUCACCAUAUUGUACAUAUUUAAACAUCAAAUCUGGAUAUUUAAAUAUUAGUUUAGUUUAUGGUAUUUCAUUAUUGUCACUAAUCACAACAAUUUAAAACAGAAUUAAGUUAGGCAUCAAAAGGAAAUGGGAAACGCUUUAAUUAAUUUUCCAAAUGAGCUGAUGUUAUUUGUGUUUAAAUAUCAAAAUAAACUUAUUUAAUAAAUGUG